AUGGAUUUGGUUGUUGUGUAUUUGACAAAAGUGCGUCGGCACAUUAUCAUUCCGGAAAAAUAUAUUUAUGGGUUCAACCUCAAAGCACUGAAAAAUUACGGCAAAAAUCCAAGUCGUGAUCAAUUGAUUUAUUGGUCUGAGGAAUGCAUCGAGGGUGAGCAUUAUCCCGAUCCAGAUAUAAACGCUACUGUGUCGGAAAAUUGGCCGGCUCAAGCUGGUGCUUGGUUUCAUGGCCGCACAAUUUAUUACACCGAUGAUUUCGAAGAAGCAAAAAAAAUUAAGGAAAGUCGUCGCCGAAUUUGCCCUGGUGUUUAUAAUUCAGCACGUUUGCGCGAACCACCAUUGCCGUUGUUGGUUUUGGAGCCGAACAUUCAGCAACAACAACAACAAUCUGAUGACGAACGUUCGAUCGUCGAGGACGAACAACAACAACAACCGCAAUCUGACGAUGAUAACGAUGAUGGAUCGAUUGCCGAAGGUGAACAGCCAUCAAAUUUGAAUAUUUCAUCGGUAUCGCUCACUGAAGAACCAGCAAUUGCAAAUGAUUCACAUCGAUCCGAUGGAGAAGAAGAAAUCGCACAAAAUUCAUCUGUCGACCCGUUAGUGAACGUAAACAAUUUGAUCGACGAAACGAACAUACAAACAAACCAGAGCCAGCCCGAAAUGGAGCAAACAUUCGAUCAUGAUUUUGCCUCACAAUCAAAUUGUGAGCAACAGGAAUUAAUUGGUGCACAACAAGGUGUCGAAGCACUACCGAAUCAAAAUGAAGCAUCACCGAAUCGAGAUGUGCCAAUCGAAAUUAACAUGGCCACCAUGAAUCCGAUUCCAACUGACGAUGCCACGCCAACCACAUCAAACAGUGCCGUAUCAGAAGCAAAUGCAUCAAUCAAACCCGAGCCAGUGUUCGUUCAUUUGCUCGAAGACAGUGCAAAAGCAGUUGAUGACGUUUUGAAUGAAAGUUUUGAAUUGUGUGAUGAUUCUGGUGACGUUAUGAUUCAUUCCAAAUCAGCGGAUUUGAUGCCCCUGCCAUUCGCCGUUCGAAAUCCGUAUGAAGUCAAGCAACAUGACAUCAUAUCAGGCAAUCUUCCGUAUGCUACCAAUGAUGCCGGAGACAGAGCCUACAUCGUAUACAUGGGUGGCAAAUGGAAGCAAUUGUCGAUGCCAAUUCGCGUUGUCAAAGGUCUAAAAGGAUUUAACAUGGGUGGAUUUCGGAGCUCGGUCGACUACGACAAGAAAUUCGUGAAAGUUUUGCUGGUUGCCUGCAAUGGAAUCGACAAAAGUAAAAACUCCAUUUUGGAUCCAUUUGUCGGUGAAUUCAUACAUGAUUUGUUCCGCAUCAGAUGCGAAGGCGAAGUCGAAAACGAUCGCAUGAAAUCUUUGCACGAGCUCAUCAAAGUGUGCUGCGACGAACUGGCUGCGCAAUUUAAAUGAAAACCGUUGGUGUAAAUAAAC